GGCGGUGCGUGAGCGCGGCAGGGGCUGACCCGGCGCUGCUCCGCCGCUGUCCCGCCGCAGUCGGACCGCGGGAGCGGAUAUAGCGAUGCGCGCUGCCCGGAGCCCGUGUGCCUCGGGAGACACGCGCGGAGCUCAGGCUGGCACGCAGCAGUGAGCAGCUCAGGACUUCCAUUUAGAUAAAGAGAUUUGCAAGUUACAGGACAGAGCACGAGCUCCUUCAUGUGACCAAAACUGCACAGGGACUCAUUUGAAAUAAUGUGCGGAUCAAGUCUGUAGACAGAAGGAAAAUCUCUAAACCUGCUGGUAGCAAUGGGAACUAUGAAUUAAAAUCUAGAGCCCUAGUUGGAUGUGGGGUAGCUGCUAUGGCAUGCGCCAAAGCUGAGGCUGAUCUACAUGAGGCUUAGAAGCUGUCUUUAGCAUGCAGGUCCUCAGUAACUUCUGGAUGGUUAUACUUGGGACAGUAGUGCCAACAGAGAGGGUAAUGCUACAGGUGAGGUGUAACUAGAUGAAGGAGGCAGCGUGUGAUGAAAGAUAAAUGGAGAAGACAGAAAAACUGGAAGAAAAACUGAAGAAGGGAGGCUGAGAUACAGGAAGAGGUUAGCGACCAGACAGCUUUCCAGAACAAGCCUUUGUUUGAGCACUGAGAGCUGAAGAACAAUGGCUUCCUUCAGCAACCUGACUAUUGGUAUUGCUCUUGCCAGUUUUACCGUAUUCCAGCUCCUGUUCCAUGUUUUAAGCUCUUGGGUAUCAACACGGAUAACACCUGGUUUUAGCAAUCUCAGCCAAAAAAGGAAGAUUGAAUGGAAUUCAAGGACAGUGUCCACAUUCCAUGCCUUGGUGGUUGGUGGAUUUUGUCUGUAUAUUUUGUUGUACGACGAAGCUGUUAAUGCUGACCAUCUCUGGGGUGACCCUUCAAUUGUGAAACUGAAUAUUGCUAUUACCACAGGCUACCUCAUUUCUGAUUUGUUGCUUAUUAUUUGCUACUGGAAGGCAAUUGGUGACAAAUUUUUUGUAAUACAUCACUUGGCAGCUCUGUAUGCUUAUUAUUUUGUACUGAGCAAAGGUCUGCUGGCUUAUUUUGGGAACUUCCGUCUGCUUGCAGAGUUCUCCACUCCUUUUGUCAAUCAGCGGUGGUUUUUUGAAGUACUGGGAUAUCCCAAAUCUUCAAAGGCUAACAUGAUCAAUGGUGUGCUGAUGACAGUUGUGUUCUUCGUGGUGAGGAUUGCCGUCAUGCCUAUGUAUUACAGCCGUGUAUUUUCUUCGUUUGGAACUGAGGGUUUCCAGAGAUUAGGAUUUGCAGCCCAGAGCGCCUGGAUUAUCUCAAGUGUUGUCUUGGAUGUUAUGAACUUGAUGUGGAUGGUCAAAAUUACAAAAGGUUGCUACAAAGUUAUUUGUCUUGUUGGACGGGAGGAAGCAAAAACUCAUAAGAAUGGAAAAUCUGACUAGAGAUCAUAUGCAUAAACAGAAAUUUCUGCUAUGAAAAUAAUUUGGGUUCACUGAACCAGUGCACAUUUCUGCCAUGGAAUGCUCCUCUUAAGGAAACAAGGUAUUACCUCUGUACUGACCUUACUCUUUCCCUAGCCACACUGCCUGCGCACCCAGGGCCACGCUUUAAGGAUCUUCUCCAAUGAGGAAUAGAAGCAAACGUUCACAGAAAGGAGCGCUACGUGUUCUGAGCACUUAAACUACUGAAAUGAGGAGGGAGCAGACUGGUUACUUGGCUGUUGUCCACCAGUGUGUUUGAAGUGUUUCACUCAGGUUUCUCAGAUUAAUGUGUUUUAUAAAUCUAGUGAAUAUUGAUAUCUCUCUUUUAUAAAAGCAUAAACAAAACUCCCCAAACUCAUGAUACGGUGCAAUUUUUCCUGGCAAGUUUCUAUAUUUCCUCCUAGGAAUAAUGAUCAAGAUUUCAAUCUUGAGAACUUUUUAAUUUUUGCAAGAGAUGCUAAAAGUCUAGCUCUGAUUCUGUGAAGUCUUUUACUGCUUUUUGUUCUGCCUUGUAUGAAUGCAAACCACUUGGGGAAAUCUAUGAAAUAAUUUUCUCUAAAAUGCUGUAUUAUAAGACCGUAAGAGAUAUCUUAAGAGUGGUUAAAAUUCUCUGAUUUUUAUAGGAAGGAUUCACUUCUGCUUUUUUAGAUUACAUGUAAGAGCACAUCUACUAAAUCAGCCGUGGAAACGAGUUCAUCAGUUAGUAUGGUAAAUGAUGUUUGGGAACAGCAUAAUUCUUAGUGGAGUGCUUUUUUGCUUUGCUGCUGCUGCCUAUGAGAAGUAUUGCAGCUCUGCUCAGAGUUAACCACUGACUUUAAAGAUAUGGAGCUGACUUAGAAAAAGAUAAAAUUAUUCUGUAAUGUGCCAUGGAACUCACAAUGAGCCUUUUUUUUUUUUUUUAAUCACACAAGUGACCCAUAUAUGAUAUAAUGGUAUAUGAUACGAUGGCUGAUUAUUAUCAUCACGUUUUCCUUGUUAAUCACAUUUGAGCUGUUGACAAAAGAAGAUUCUUGAAUUAACGGUGCCAAACUUCUUUCAAGCCUUGACAUACAGUGACAGUUCACACCUGUAGGCACAACAUUCUGUUUUCAGAACCACAUAUUUGUCAGUAGGAACUCAGUUCCUCCUUCUACAGGCUUCAAACUUGGUGGACAUUGGAGAGAAAUCUUACUGCCUAGGAGGAAUGCUCUCGAUCCAAAUUGUAUUAUAACUGGAGGAAAUUCUGUUCUUUUAUUUUUUGUAAUGAUUUUGAGAGCAGUAUUUGUGUAUACUUUUGGUUUUGUUUUGCUUGUUUUUAAUCAUAUCUGAACUGAGUUUGAUCAACUUCUGUUUGCUUCUUGCCUUUUUUUUAGUUAUUACUUUUGAACAUCGUGUUGUUAGUUAUACCUUCUAACAAGGUGUGCUAAACAUACAUGUUUGCACUCAGUACUUCAGUGCACAUACCAAGUGUUGUAGCAGACUGUGUGUAAGCAAUUUAUUUUUAAACAAAGAGAUAUUUAUCCUGCGUGGGAUAUUCUUUUUCCUUUUCUUCUGUUCCCCUUAACAAAGCUUUGUGGAAUCAGCCCUUACCUCUGCAGAUCACAGUGUUGUUGCACCAACGCUACGAUGCUGCUGGGUGAGAAACAGGGUUUGUCUCCCAGGAAUCAGAUGUCAGUGAGCCCCAGAGAGAACCCCAUGGACUGUAGUGCCUUAUAGCCAAGGCAGCUGUGUUGAGUUCCCAGCUCCAGGGAUGUCAGAGUAUUGUUUGAGAUGCACAAUACUGGCUUUUAUCCGCUUGGUUUCACUGGGCAGAUGUUUUCCAGUACAGUUUCCAAGCCUGCCCUCUUGAGGGUGAUGUCAAAGAUUGCUUGUUCUGUUCUACAGUCACCUUCAAAUUAAGUAAAUUCAAACAUUUUGGAGAAUGUGCUUGAAAGUGGAAGCAUUCUUUUAUUGUAUUUGGGAAGUAGGAUGAAAAACUGAUACGGAAGGUGAGCUGAAGCAGCUUUUAAGAUGACAACCCAUGAAAACUUCUCAAAAUUCAUUUCCACUUUAGUCUUUGACAUCUCGGUAUCGUUUUGUUUUGCUUUGUUCUCAGCGCAGAGCAUUCACUAAAGCAGUCAGUUUUCUUCUAGAUAGAUUUGUGCAUUAUAGGGGGGAAGUCAAGCUGUAAUGAAGUUGUUUUAUAAGUAGACUGGAAAACAAACAAGCGGAAAAACAAGCCUGCAGAGUACAUAAUGGGCAACAAUGCGAAAUAGAAGGGCAUUGAGAUACUUAGAAUGUGCAAUGUUUUGGAUUGCUGCAUGAAAUUAAUGUAAUUUAAACAGUAUUUUAUGAUGCAUUCGGUUUCAUUUUUCUAUCGUGACAUUACAGUGUGUUACUGUUCAGUCUGGAUGCAUCCAUCAUGUGUGAGAAGGCAACUUACUAAGGAAAAAACAUUAUUAACACCUGUAUAUUUAGCAAGUACUGUAGUCAGCAGUUUGCACAAUUGUGCUGUAAUGAACACAUUAGGAUAGAGCACUCUUACCUGCCACUAAAGGCUUAUAAUACAGCAAAUUACAUGGCCUUGGCACCUUUUUUUUUUCAAUUACACUUUCUUAAUUUAAAAAUGAUGCUGAGAUGUUGACAUCAUAUAGUGUUGCAAGCUUGUCUCUUUGCUUUUCUUAUGCAAGAAGUGCAUGAUUAGUAGGAUUUUCAUAAAUGCUAUCUCCGGAAUCUAAUAUUACUUUAAUAGUGGCUUGAAACUUCUAUUUUAACACUUGCAUUGUAAAGCAGACAGUUGGUGUAUCACCAGGUGUCUUUGCUACGGAUGUAUUGAAUGGGUGGAAUUAGCUUAGAAAAAAUGCUCAAAAAUCAUAUUUUUUUUGUAUUCUUCAGUACCCCCAUACAUAAAAUUAGAGUGGUGGUCAAGGGAGUGUCCAUUUGUACCAGUAGGACUGUGUGAAAGUAUGAAAGUUUCUCUUCUCUAUGGUUUUACUUUUUCAUCAGAAGAUGAAUAAAUACUGCUCUCAGAGCUACUGUAGGUCAAAUUUUGCUUUUAUAAUUGGUUUGUGGAAGCAUUGCUUGCAAAGAGGAAAAGUACUUUGAAUCCUCAUGUUCUUGGUGAGUGUUUGGGUGGAUUUCAAUGAAGUCAAGAGCCGUAUUGCUACAGAGGUGUUUCAUGGGUAUCUGUACGCAUUCUUCAGAGGUAGGAAUUUUAUCUCUGAAAUCUACUCUGCCUCUAUAAGUAAAUGCUCUAUUGGGUGAGCUCAACACUUUCUUAAUUGCUUAAAAAUGGAAUCCACUGAAUAAUGAAAGAUGCUUUAUGAGCAGGAAAAAUGAGAGGAGCUGAUGUUUAUAAAAUCUUAUCAAUUCCAAAUUUUAUGUCAAAGUUUAUUACAAAAGAAAUUAAUUACAAUGUCUGGAUGAUUAUCACUUCCAUCUUUACGUUAGAAAUUAUGGCAAAGCAUUAUUCAUACUGCAAAAUUAAUGCUAACCUCUGAGUAAAAGCUUACACAAGUGAGCAAAUACAUUCAAGCACGUUGAAAGAAUAGAGGUGGAGGGGAUGCUGAGUACAGCUGCUGCUGUGGUUGACACAUUGGUAGAAUGAUGAGCAGCAGAAAGAUGAUGUAUUUCUAUAUCUCUGCAAUGGUGCAAACUGAAACUUUAACAUUUAUUUUCAAGCUGUAUAAAAAGGCUUCUAAGUUGUUGAUUGCUGUGUGAAGAGGAUCCAUGUGUGUUCAAGUGUAUGUACAUAAGAACUUUCUGUGAAAGGUCUUCUAGUAGAAAAGUUUGUGAAAUUGUUUUGUAAAGCUUCUGCUGAGCCAUUCAGAAGAAAACAAAGGGCUGACUGAAAAUUACUCCAGCUUAAGAUCUAUUACAGCCUUCACCAAUGGGGAAAGCCUGGUAGAGGGGAACUAGAAUUCAGAAGAGCAAUACAAUUGUAGAAGGCUAUUAGAAGAAUGUGCAGCCCUCUUUCCUGGUUGUAAUAGCCUUCCAUAGAACUUAACUAAAGGGACUUCACAAGGCGGGACUUGUUCCUGCUAGAGUGUCUCUAUCCAUGGAAUGCAUUUGACAGCUGGAGGAAGAGCAGUACUUUGCUGUUGAGCUCCUGGCACCAGUCAAAUGGAAAAAAUAAAAAUUAAAAAAAAAAAAAAGGAUAAUAUUUACUAACUUUAAUAUUCAUCCAGACCCUGGGUGAAAUCUCUUUGCUGGACAGGUGAAGGUCUGAUGAUUUUCUGAUCACAACUUGAAAGGUCUUUUUAUGGAGGAAAGAGAGAAAGAUGCAUUGCUCGGGAUGUUUGGAGCUCUGGGAUUAAGCAUCAAAUCAAUACUUUUAGGUGAUAACAUGAUUUCUUAUCCAUUUAAAAUCUCUACUAGCUACCUCCUUUGGCAUUCUUGCUCUAUUUAUAAUAACCAAGCACUUUAUAGCUCAGUAAAGAAUGGAAGGUAGCUAUGAAGAAUAACUUGUAUUAUUCGAAAUAAGGAACAUUUUCUCAAAAUUCCUUCUGAGAUCAGUUUCAUGGUGUGGUGUCCUAAGAGGGCAAGUGAUAGCAAUGUACAUACAUUUUUAAUCUACUUGUAAUAUAAAGGAAAUGUCCUUAAGAGAGUGGUUUAUGAGGAGUUUGGCAUGCCUUGGUAUCAACCGUAUGAUUCAGUGUGCUAUUUAUAACUUCUUAGUCAUUGACGUUGAAAAUAUAAAAGCAAAUAAAAUAUUCUGUAGUGUAUCUUUAUUUUUAAUCUGUGUGUGGGAUGUCAAAAACUGUUCUUGUCUUGUGGACGGCACAUGCCUUUAUGAGCCUUUAAAUACUGAAGUACAUGAGAAUCUGCACCCAAGUGGAACAUGUUGCAUGGAAAUUGUCUUCUAAGUUUUACAGUUUUGUUAUUGAAAAGAUUCUGAACAUUUAAAUGCAACAUUUAAAUAUCAACAGAGAGCUCUAAUACAGAGCAUACCACUUUGAAUGCAAUGCAGGAGUUGCUGGUUUUGUUCAUUGUAACACUAUUCAAGUUUAACAAGAGAAAUCCAUUAUACGGUAGGGAGAGGGAGGAAAAGGGCUAAUGCUGAGCUCUGGUAUAAUUUGCACACUUAAUAAGCAUACAUGCAAAUAUCCUGGGUUUGUUUCUAUCGUGCAUAAACCAAACAGUGUUUAAUGUCUGCAGAUACCUAUAUGGGGUGAAUAAUUUAACGUGUAAGCACAGUUAGACUGAUGCAAAAGCAAAUUACAAUCUGUUGGGAACAAGUGAGUUAUGAUUUAGUCAUAAGUAAUAGUCUGUGAUUAAGAAAUGUUCAUGUCAUCUUCAAGAGAGACUCGAUAAAUACAGUACACCUGAGCUGGGUGUAGAGCAAAGGUGAAACCUGGAUGUUCUUCCAGACUGAUUUCUGGGAAACCACGACAAUCUGGUGUGUGGAGUAAAGACUAACACCGUCACCUAAUAUUGGGAUUGUAUUAGCAAAUAGUAACGUGGGCCGAUUGUAGUAGCGAUCCUUAUCACUGCACAAGAACUUAGGAAUGCAAUAUAGUAACUCUGAAGAUCGGUUACAGCAGUGAACAGGUGUAGUAAGGUGAAUGGUUAAAUACGAUGUGUUUAAAUCUUCUUUUUGCUACAAAAGUUCUGAAUUGUGUUUGCAUUUCAGUAUGCCGUGGAGCAUUUUGUGUUUGGUUUGAACAGUCUAGGAGCUUGCAUUUUUCUGGCUGACUUUUUUUUUCUUUGAUAUAUGCAAUAAUGUCGAUGAGCAAUAAAUUGCAUGUUGUAUGCAAGGCAUUGUUACUUCAUAAUAAACAAAAGGAACAGA